AUCUGGAUUGUCUGCAAACAAACUAGUCGCACGCAGCUUUCAUCAACAGCUGAUCGCAACCUAUCAACAGCUGUUUUCCGAAACUUUAAAGUUCCUACGAAAGCCCAGCAACAAGGAUUGACUGAUAAGCUUCAAUUAUGGUCGCGAAUACAGUAAAAAUUGCGGUGUCAGUCGGAAAAUGUCGUGUACAUCGAGUAUAUUGACGAUAUUAUUGACGACGUGUGACUCAAUUUGACAGAUACGAUUACUUUUGACAACCAUCAAGUAGUGUCGAAAGAAACAUAAUCCGAAGAAAAUGUCUAUCAACAUAGAUAUAAAAUUAAAACGCGCAAGCAAAAUAUAUCACGAAGGGGAGGUUGUUGCUGGUUUAAUAUUGCUAAAAACCAAUUCGGAUGUGAAACACGAUGGGAUAUUUCUCACCAUGGAAGGUUCCGUCAAUUUACAACUUAGUUCAAAGAAUGUUGGUAUUUUUGAAGCAUUUUAUAACUCUGUUAAGCCCAUACAGCUAGUGCAAUAUACACUGGACGUUGCUCCAUCGGGAAAGAUUCCAAGUGGCAAAACCGAGAUACCCUUUGAAUUACCAUUGAAGCCAAGAGGGAGUAAAUCUCUCUAUGAAACAUAUCAUGGUGUUUUUGUUAAUAUACAGUAUUUGAUACGCUGUGAUAUCAAAAGAAAUUUCCUCGCAAAGGAUGUUAGCAAGUCACUGGAAUUUAUAGUUGAAGAUAAGCCAAGUAACAAAGUGGAGAAAGAGCAUAAUAAACUUGUGUUUUUCAAAAUAAUGCCAGAGUCCCUGCAAAAUGCUAGAGACAGAACUAAUGUGCCAAGAUUUUGCAUUUCAGGGCGAUUAGAUUCUCUGCAUUGCAAAAUCUCUGAGCCCUUGACUGGGGAAGUAGUAAUUGAACAUUGUGAGGCUGUUAUUAAGUCCAUAGAGCUGCAAUUGGUCAGGGUAGAAACUUGUGGGUGUGCAGAGGGAUACUCUAGAGAUGCGACCGAGAUACAGAACAUACAGAUUGGUGAAGGCAAUGCUUGUACAAAUCUUGCUAUUCCAAUUUACAUGAUAUUUCCAAGAUUAUUUACAUGUCCCACUUUGAGUACAAGUAACUUCAAAGUUGAAUUUGAGGUAAAUCUUAUCAUUGUAUUUGAAGAUGAUUAUUUGGUCACUGAAAACUUCCCUAUUAUACUUUCGCGAUAUUGAGAGCGCUGUAGAAAUAAAAAUGUUUUUCUAAAAAAGUGUAUGUAGUUUGUAAUAUUUUAUCA